CCGAAAGUAGCGGGAUCCAAAAGGGCAACAUGGCAGAGAAUUUCCACAAGUACUUCGGAUGGGACUUUGGAGAUUGGGCAGGGCGGGGGUGGUGUGCCUUCAAUGAUUCGGUCAACACCGAGAAUAGGACUUGAGGCGAAUGAGGCAAUUAGCUCCGCUGUAGACAGAACGGGUCCUUCCUGUGAAUGAUUGGUAGUAUUUGGGACAGUAACUGGAGCUGCUGAAGGGUUGAUGCCCGGCAAUUUCAAGGCUGGCGGAAAGUGCUUCUUCCGGUAUUCUUGAUCGACCUUGGAAUCAAGCUAUACAUACAUAGCAAGAGGGUUAGCUUUUUCAGCAAUAAACAAGAAACGCCCAAUCAAUGGGAUGUGGUGGUUACCCUAUAAGCUUUCCGGUACAAGUCUAAGCUGGAGCCCAGGUUCCCCUGAGCUUCCUUCCGCGCCGCAGCCUCGAAGUGUUCGAGGGCGGAGGUUGGCGGUUUCUCUGGAUGGCGGUGGAAAGCGUCAUCAUCGCGAGAAGUGACAUGGAGAGUCCGUGUCUGAUCUACCAGUUCUUCAUGCUUGUGCGGCGCAGACACUCCCCCUGCUACCAUCAUCACUUCUUCUUCAUCUACCUGGUCCGCCGCCGGAUGUCGCGAAGGGAGUUUAUGGGUCGACAAAGCAUUAGGAAGCAGAUUUGGAGUCUGUCGAGGUUUGGACUGCGAAGUAGCAGUACCCCUAGUCCUGGCAGAUACUUCCUCGCGCCAUUGACGCCUGAAGGACUCGAGUUCAUCGGUAUUUGGUUCCAUUGUAGUAGCGGGUUGUCUAUUAUAUUUGCCAAACAGAGGCUUGUUUAACGGGGGAUGAUCAACUGCGGGAGACGAGCCAUGCUAUCCUCCAUAUAAACACGUCAAAUAACGUGCAACUCCAUAUCCAUCAAUACUAUUAUGCACUCUCAGCCGGCACACUGCAGAUGGUGUUUGUUCGAUCUGGUAGUGUAUGUACUCUGUAUAUCUACGUCGCCAUCCAUUCCUCAUCAACAGUUUCGAGAGAACGAUGACUAAUUCAGCUCCAGCGGAGAUAUACACGCUAGACUAGAUCUGGCUUAGCAUAUCUCAGCUGCUUACCUCAUCGAACUCCACGCGCCCCUUUCGGCAAAUAUCGGCCGGGACUGGAUUUAGAUUUCUCCGGGCAGCCUCAAUUUUGCCCGAUUCGGCGAUCCGCUUAGUGAUCGGUAUGGCGGCAUUGCAACUUUUUUUUUAAUGUUUGCCAUUCCGGGAACUUCGAACCUCCAUUAUCUCCUCGUUGUCCACGUCCUGUUGUGCCUUUGGAUACUCCGGCUGUGGAUAUGUCUGGGACGGAGUGAAGUAUCUCGACCCGGACUUUUUGACGCAAGAGAGCUCUUUUUAUCAAUCCGGCAAAUCGGAUGAAUGUCUACUUAUGCGGGUGUCCCAGCGCGGGCAUAUUCCCAAGCGGCAUACACCAGAGAUCAAAACCUCGGCGAUUUUGGCGACAAGAAGGCGUCACUACACAAUGAGAGAACAGUACCGAUGGCUGCAAGUAACGCAAGCGGAAACUCGGGGGGCCAUGCCGACAAUGUUUCCGCAACUCAGAAGAUGAUGUCAGCUACAUGGGGAAGUUUGCUAACCUCCCUACUCGUGACUCCUCUCGAUGUUGUUCGUGUUCGCCUUCAAUCCCAAACUCCCGUCCUCCGGGCAUCACCGGAAAUUCUACCACCCCCUCUUUUCGGGGGACUUCCUCCAAACCUGGGCGUGACUGCCUGCUGCCGGGAAGUUUUUUGGGUUGGAAACAAUGCCCAAUUCUGCAUGGUGGGACCAAACGGGACCGCGCUCAGUAGCCCACCGGCAAGCGGGGGCGCUGCCUGUGCGGUGGAGGAAACUCAGCGACGGACAUUCACCUCCACUCUUGAUGGACUCCGCAAAAUUGCCAGGAAUGAAGGCCUUCUAUCACUCUGGAGAGGUCUCAGCCCGACCCUAGUGAUGGCCAUCCCAGCAAACGUUAUCUAUUUUACCGGCUACGACUGGCUACGCUACGACAAGAAGAGCCCCAUCAAUAGAGCCUUCAAUGACACGUACGCACCGCUAGUCGCGGGUGGCAUAGCCAGGAUAGCCGCUGCGUCGGUAAUAAGCCCGAUUGAGAUGUUUCGGACACGACUGCAAGCUACUUCGGGCACGGGGACAGACCACUUCAAAGCCACGCUCCGCCAGCUACAUCAAAUGACCCAGACCCAGGGGUACAGCUCCCUAUGGCGGGGGCUGACACUUACCAUGUGGCGCGACGUACCUUUCUCCGCCCUGUACUGGUGGGGGUAUGAAUCUGUGAAAACCAUUCUCAGCGAUAUGCGGGUGAAAACAGUACCGGCAGCCUUCUUCAUGCCAAAUCAUCAGCACCUCCACAGCGGUCAACGCGGCGCAAGCGCACACGCGCACCAGGACAACACCAUGACAUUCCUUGACAGCUUCGUCGCAGGCGCCACAUCCGGCGCCCUUGCAGCUUUCAUAACUACCCCUUUUGACGUCGGCAAGACCCGGCAGCAGGUAUUUCUGCACUGUGGCGAUGAGCCGGGCUCCAAGGCAGCACCGGCAGCAUCAAAACUCACAACCGCCAGCUCCUCAUUCACCACCUCCUCCUUCUCCAAGUUUACAUCCUCGUCCGCAUCCUCGUCGCCGUCAUCGGCAUCCUCGGCGUCUCAUAUCCACCCGGAACAAUUAUCCACGCCUCGCUUCCUUCUGCACAUCUUCAAAGUGGAGGGUGUGUCCGGUCUUUUCCGCGGCUGGGCAGCACGGUGUCUCAAGGUUGCGCCGGCAUGCGCCAUUAUGAUUUCCAGCUAUGAGGUUGGGAAGAAGAUGGCGGGGAGGGUCAAUGAGCACCAUCACCUUCAUCAGCUCCAUCAGCAGCAUCAGCAACAGCAGCAACAUCGGCACCACAGUGGGACAGACGAGGACGGCGAUCGAGUAUGAUAGGAUUUUCUUUCUUUUGCUUUUUGAGUCUGAUAUGCAUUAUCCAUGAUAUACCUUUUUUUUUAUUCUCUGCCUCCUUUCUUUUCUUUUUUUCCUCUUUUGUUGAUAUACAAAUCUAGGUUAUUCAUCUUCCCAUUUUUUCUUUCUUUUCUUGGAUGGGUACUGGGAUCUCCUCUUUUGUUUUCAUAUUUGAUUUUUACAUUGUUGCAAGCGAAAAAAAAAAGUGGAACGGAGUUUGGUAGGGUCAUACCUAUUUUCCCCCCCCUUAUUACAUGUACAUAUGUAUACGCAUACAAAGUAUAAAUACAGAUAUAGUUAACUAUGUAAAAUACCUCCAGCAGAACCAAGCAGAAUUGCUCUAGCAUAACAAAGGCAGAAAUGUUUUUUUUUCUUUCUUUUUCUUAUUAUCUUUAGUUUCCUUCCCUGUUAAAGCUCUCAAUCCUAUCUAUAGCUAUGGCUAGAAAAGAACCUCUCAAUCUAUUUACCUACCUACUUACUCCCCUUUAGCAUUCUACUAGAUAAAAUUGAUUGACCUUGUGCCCCCCUUUUUGUCAUGAAAAAGAGGUUGGGGUUUUAUUAGAUCUUAGCUGGAAUCGGCUCUCCAGGAAAGUUCUAGCGAGCCGCG